CUCCGCCAGAGUCCAGCUCCGGGGUUUCCAACAGAGAGGCGCAGGAGCUGAGGGCUCCCUCACCACGGAGCUCCGCAACAAGUGCUCCGAGGGGAAACAGAACUGCGAACAUCUGAAACCGGACAAACACGGCAGGCAGGCAGGCGGGCAGCCCCGGUGGAUGAGCGCUCAGAGAUGCAAGCCGCGCUGUUAAUGCUCCUCUGCGGCCUGGCUGCCACAGUUGGCCAGGAACCAGACCAAGCCCACGGCUGUGCCCAUGGCAGCUGUUAUCCAGCAACUGGGGACUUGUUGGUUGGAAGGGAAAAAAACUUGAAGGCCUCGUCCACUUGUGGCAUGAGAAAGAAGGAGCGGUAUUGCAUCGUCAGUCACCUGCAGGAUGAGAAGAAAUGUUUUGAGUGUGACUCCAGACGACCAUACGACCCAGUCUACAACACCAUUAAUCACCGGAUAGAGAAUGUUAUCACCACCUUCAAACCACAUCGGAAAAAGUCCUGGUGGCAGUCAGAGAACGGAAAGUCAAAUGUUUUUAUUGAGUUGGAUCUUGAGGCAGAGUUUCAUUUUACUCAUCUGAUUAUGACAUUUAAGACUUUUCGCCCUGCUGCCAUGCUUAUUGAGCGAUCAGCAGAUUUUGGUCGAACCUGGCAGAUCUAUCGCUACUUUGCUCAUGACUGUGCUGUUUCCUUCCCUGGAGUCUCUACGGGUCUUCUGCAAAAUAUCAACGAUGUGAUCUGUGAGUCACGUUACUCUGACCUGGAGCCGUCGACAGAGGGCGAGGUCAUCUACAGAGUGUUGGAUCCAGCUAUCAAGAUUGAGGAUCCAUACAGCCCCAACAUUCAGGACCAACUGAAGAUCACUAACUUAAGACUGAACUUCACCAAACUUCACACACUUGGAGACACYCUGGUGGACAACAGAGCUGAAAUUAAAGAGAAAUACUACUACGCCAUAUACGAACUUGUUGUACGUGGAAACUGCUUUUGCUAUGGCCACGCCUCUGAGUGUGCACCCAUUGAAGGCAUCAGGGACGACAUAGAAGGAAUGGUUCAUGGCAGAUGUGUGUGUAACCAUAACACAAAAGGUUUGAACUGUGAGCAAUGCGGUGAUUUCUACAAUGACCAGCCUUGGAGACCAGCUGAGGGCCGCAACACACACGCUUGCAAGAAGUGUGACUGCAGCGACCAUUCAGAUAAGUGUCACUUUGACAUGGCGGUCUAUUUGGCCACUGGAAACACGAGUGGAGGGGUGUGUGAUGACUGCCAGCACAACACAAUGGGCCGAAAUUGUGAGAUCUGCAAACCGUUCUUCUACAAAGAUCCCACAAGGCACAUAAGAGACCCCCGUGUUUGCAUAGCUUGUGAUUGUGACCCAGAUGGCUCAGAGAAUGGAGGACUGUGUGACAGCCACACUGACCCGUCGCUCGGCAUGGUGGGAGGCCAGUGCCGUUGUAAGCCUAACGUAGUAGGGCCACGCUGCGACAAGUGCAAGACCGGCUUCUUUGGCCUGAGCRCCAACAACCCUGUGGGAUGCCAACCCUGUCGAUGCGACUCCAGAGGAACCGUGUUGGGCAGCUCCAUGUGUGACCCAUUCAGUGGAGACUGCAUCUGCAAGCGACUUGUCAUCGGACGCUUCUGUGACCAGUGUCUAUCCGAACACUGGGGGCUGAGCCACGACCUGAACGGAUGCAGAGGUUGUGAAUGUGAUAUUGGAGGGGCGCUCGACAACCAAUGCUCCAUGGAUAGUGGUCAGUGUCGCUGCCGCAGUCACAUAAUGGGACGUGAUUGCACGCAGGUGGAGUCUGGAUAUUUUUUUAUGGCUCUGGAUCACUUCGYUUAUGAAGCUGAAUUUGCUCAAAUGGGGCAGGGUUGCACCUUAGAGACCAGGGAACAUCAGCCCGGUCGACCCGCUCAGUGGACAGAUAUCGGCUUCGCUCAGGUCCCUCAAGGCGGCACUUUGGAGUUUCUGAUAAAUAACAUACCUUACUCUAUGGAAUACGAUUUAGUCAUCCGCUACGAAUCCCAGAUGCCCCGGGACUGGGAGGAGGUGCAGAUAAYCGUGAUCCGUCCARGUUCCAUUCCCACCAGCAGCCCUUGUGGGAACACCAUCCCAGAUGACGACAGACUCACCGUCCCUCUGCCAGCCGGAGCCAGGUUUGUGGUUCUUCCUCAGCCAGUGUGUUUGGAGAGAGGUGUGACAUACUCCCUCCGCUUGGAGUUCACACGUUAUCAAGAUGCUAACAGCAUCCUCAAUGGAGCAGACUACGCUGUCAUCCUCAUAGACUCUAUUGUGCUGAUGCCGCGUCACUCCUCCAUGGAGAUGUUCAACACUGGGGAUCUUGCCUCAAACGUCAGGAAGCAGACSUUUGAGCGGUACCGGUGCCACGAGGGAGCAAGGAGUGUGAUCCGCCCACAGAUCAGUGAUACCUGUGCUAAACUCAUCAGCAGCAUGUCAGCCGUUAUUAAUGAUGGAGCCCUGGCUUGCAACUGUGACCCUCAGGGGUCCAUCAGCUCCCUUUGUGAUCCCCGUGGGGGCCAGUGUCGCUGCAGGUCCAACAUCAUUGGUCGGCGCUGUGACAAGUGUGCACCGGGAACCUAUGGCUUCGGACCCUCAGGCUGCAUACCAUGCGAGUGCAGCUCAGAGGGGUCGGUGACUCGACUAUGUGACAAGUACACCGGGCAGUGCCAGUGCCGUCCAGGGGCGUUUGGUCAGAGGUGCGACGGGUGUCAGGCGGGUCACUGGGGCUUUCCCAGCUGCCGACCCUGCCACUGUAACGGACAUGCCAACCACUGUGACCAGAGAAGCGGAGUCUGCAUCAACUGCAGGGACAACACAGGAGGGGACAGUUGUGACAGGUGUGCCAAUGGUUAUUAUGGGAACCCAGUUUUGGGUAUAUCAUCUGGUGGUCAGUGUCGCCCAUGCCCAUGUCCAGAUGGACCCCACAGUGGACGCCACUUUGCCACAUCUUGUUACCAAGACRACCGCAAUCGACAAAUUAUCUGCAACUGUAACCAAGGUUACACAGGGAUUGUUAAACGCUCCGGGGUGACCGUUUUUAAGCGCGCCCGGUGUGAAGAAUGCGCCCCAGGUUACUACGGCAACCCCUCUCAGCCGGGAGGGCGCUGCCAGCCAUGCCAGUGCAACAAUAACAUAGACAUGUCAGACAUGGAUGCAUGCGACAGGCGAACUGGGGAGUGCAGGAAAUGCCUUUACAACACAGAGGGCUCCAACUGUGGCAUCUGCAGGAGCGGAUACUUUGGAGAUGCGUCCCGACGCAACUGCAGGAAGUGCAUAUGCAACUUUUUGGGCACGGAGCGCAGCCAGUGCAUGGAGCGUGAAGACUGUGUGUGCCAGCGUGCCACUGGCCAGUGUCAGUGUCUGGCAAAUGUCGUAGGUCUGGCGUGCGACCACUGCGCCCCCAACCACUGGAACCUGGCCAGUGGGAACGGCUGUGAAGCAUGCAACUGUGAUCCCAACAACUCUGUCACAUCCUCCUGCAAUGAAUUUACAGGGCAGUGUCAAUGCCGAGAAGGGUUUGGAGGAAAGACCUGCACAGAAUGUGAGGAGAAUUUCUGGGGAGACCCCCGGACUCUGUGCAGAGCGUGCGACUGUGACUGGCGAGGGAUUGAGACGUCUCAGUGUAACCGCGCGUCCGGACACUGCGCCUGCCAACAGGGGGUGUCGGGCGUUCGCUGCGACCAGUGUGCCAGAGGCUUUGCCGGCCAGUUUCCCAACUGCCAGCCAUGUCACCAGUGCUUCGGGGACUGGGAUCGGAUAGUGCAGGACCUGGCAGUGCGCACCAAGACUCUUGCAGAGCGGGCCAAUGAGAUUCAAAGCACUGGGCUUAUUGGACCUUAUGAGAAAACCUUCAAAGACCUGGAGGCGAAGCUGGCUCAAGCUCAGGCCAUCGUCAACGCAAGAAAUGCCACGACUGCAGCUGUGGCUACUCUGAUGGCUCUUAUUGAGGAUCUCAGGGCACAAAUUGGUGAGACAACCGAAGCCCUAAACCAUGUGGAGGGAGAUUUAACAAUCAUCCAGGACCGAAACUCUGACGCAAGCAAGGAGCUGAAUACUCUGGAGCGGGAGGCUCGAGAACUGAACCUCACAUCGGAGCAGCUGAAUCAUCAACUGGAUAUCCUGAAAAACUCAAAUUUCUUAGGAGCGUAUGACAGCAUCCGUAGCUCCUACAACAUGUCUCGAGACGCUGAGCGACGGGCCAACCAGUCAACCACCACCAAGCCUAGCACGGUCAGUCAAUCGGCAGACACUCGUCGCCGCACCGAGCGCCUGAUUGCCGGGAAGAAGGAUGACUUCAACCGGAAGAAUGCAGCAAACAAGCGGGCUCUGGGAGAGCUGAAGGCCCGAGCCCAGGGUCUGGACAUGAAAACCCUCAAUGAGAAGAUCUGUGGUUCUCUGGAUGAUGUUCCCUGCACGGAGAACCCCUGCGGAGGAGCUGGCUGCCGUGACGACGAAGGGAACCGUCAUUGUGGAGGCCUGAACUGCAACGGAGCCGUGGCUGCAGCUGACAAUGCUUUGGAGAGAGCCAAACAUGCAGAGAAGGAGCUGAACAAAGCCAUGGGGGAGAUGCAGGAACUCUUCACCAAGGUAAAAGAAGCUAAGGCCAAGGCAGAGGAGGCUAAGGGUAAAGCCCAAGCUGCUCUGGAUAAAGCCAAGGCCACAAAGAACAAAGUGGAGCGCUCCAACAACAACCUCAGAGACCUGAUCAAACAGAUCAGGGACUUCCUCACUCAGGAGGGAGCCGAUCCAGACAGCAUCGAGGCGGUGGCGAACCAUGUGCUGCAGCUCUCCAUCCCCGCCUCACCGCUACAGAUCAGACAACUCGCCGACGAGAUCAAGGACCGCGUCCGCAGCCUGUCCAACGUGGACGCCAUCCUGCAGCAGACGCAGGAUGACGUUCAAAAGGCAGAGAAACUGCUGCUUGACGCCAAGAGGGCAAGGCAUCGUGCUGAGGGGUUGAAAAGCACAGCGGAGACGGUAAAGCAGGCCUUGGUGGAUGCAAAGACAGCCCAGACGUCAGCUGAGAAAGCCAUAGCGAGUGCCAGGGCAGACAUCAGAGACACUGAGAAUCGACUGGCUGAGAUUGAGACAGAAACCUCCAACAGUGAGAAGAACCUGGAUGAUGCAAUGGGUCGCCUCGGUACACUUGAACAGGAGAUCAAUGUGCUGAAGACCAAGCGAGCCAACAACAGCAUGGCAGCAGCCCGAGCUGAAGAGACGGCCACCAUGGCCCGGGACAAGGCAAACGAAGCCAAGCAGAUCCUAGACGGCCAGCUGACAGACAAAUUCAAUGAGGUGCAACAACGAGUGGACACAAAGGCCAAGGCCGUGCGGGACGCCAAGAAGAAGGCAGAGAGUCUCCGAGAGGAAGCCAAAGAGCUCCUCAACGAUGCUCAAAAUAAGCUACAGAAACUAGCAGAGCUGGAGAAAAACUAUGAGGAGAACCAGAGGAAGCUGGAGGGGAGAGUCCGGCAGCUGGACGGUUUGGAGGACAAGAUGAGGAGCAUCCUCAACGACAUUAACAAACAGAUCCAGAUCUACAACACGUGCCAGUAAUCGAGGCCCUCCAAAACCGCAAGGAAAGACGUCCACUACUGUUAUUUUACGUUAGAUAUAUUGAAACAUGGAGACAUGGUGCUAGGCUUUCAAGGGAAAAUAAAUCUCUCUGCAAGCCAGUGUCCUUGUGGUGAACCCAGUUAGUGUUUUUCAUUCAAAUGGAAAUAGCUAAUUCUUACAUUUAAAAAAACAUAGUAACAGCAAAGGAUGUUAAAGUUUGUCAAUGAGCACAUAUUUUACUCACAUUUAGUUUGUGGUUAUUACUGUUGCUUUGAAUUUGGAACACAACUUUGAAUGUUUGCAUUUAAGUUUUCAAAACCAAUAUGUAUUAUUCCAGAGUUCACUAUAGAACUAAGAGUGGUAUCUUUGAAUCACCAUAACAACAAUUUGGCUGUAAACAGCUACGAUACUGUUUACAUGCUUCUGUUCCAUAGGUGCAUUACAUCAUAAAAUCCAUUGAAAUGGCUAAAAAAAAUUAAUAAAAAUAAGGUCACCUCCUCCAGUACGCUAAAAACAGUUUGACAUUGGGACUUCCAAUCAAUCAAUUCAAUCAAUCAAAUUUUAUUUGUAUAGCACAUUUCAGCAGCAAGGCAUUUCUAGGUGCUUUACAUAAUUAAAGAAAAAAUAAAUAAAAACAGCAUGUGACAUUGAAUAAACCGUAAGAAAGAGAAUUAAAAAAAAAGGAUAAUGAUCUAAGAUAUUUGGCCAAACCAACAAAUACAGAAGUGAAGCACCAGAUCCAAAAUCCAUUUUCCAUAAACAUCCAAGGCCACAAUCCUCCAGAAAUCAUGUGGGCUAUUUACGAGAGAAUGGGUACCCAUAAUUGUGCCACUUUUCAAAGAUUUUUUUUUCCCACAUGGCAUUAUUUUCUCACGAAAUAAUUGUACUGGAAGUAGAAGUUAAAUUUGUAAUACAGUUUUUCCAGUGUGAGGUUGAGCUGAAGUUGGAAGUGUAUUCUGUAGCUGAGCUCAGCACCAUGUUCUGAGCUCAGCUAUGGAACAUGGUGCUACAGAAAAUAAGAUUUUAUUUUCAUCAUGAUUAAAUUUCAAAUAAUGCAAAAACAUUCUGCACAACACACUACUUUUGAGAUGAAUAGGUGGAAUUAUUCACUGGUGACAGUGAACCUAAAAAAACAACAGUGCAGUCUAGUGGUGGCCAUUUAUAUAAGACAUUGCUGGCAACACACUAUGGCAAUUUGAAUAGCUUUCCAGUACUUCAACAGGAUAAAAACUCACAGGAUAAAUUUAAACGAAAACAGAUUUAAAACAACAAAUAUUCAAUUCCAUUCAUUUCAGAAAUACUUUAUUAAUCCCAAAGGGAAAUUAAAUGUUGUUGUAACUCAUUAAUUUAGAAUCCUCUCAUUAAUUUAGAUUCUUCUAAGAGUUAUUAAAGAUGGUGAUGGCUGUUGGCAGGAAAGAUCUUCUGCAACAGUUGUACUGCACUGAAUCUGAAGAAUUCAUAUAGACGGCUUCACUGUUGUCUCCAUUUCAGUCUUUUGUCAAGGCGAACACCAAGGUAUUUAUAUUCUUGAACCGCCUUCACUUCUACUCCCAUGAUAGAAAUAGGGUUUGACCUGAUCCUGUUCUUCCUGAAAUCAACAAUAAUUUCCUUUGUUUUGUUCGCAUGUAAGAUGAGAUGAUUGUUCCCACACCAUGCCACAAAGUGGCCCUCCAGAUCUCUGUACUCUGCCUCUUGUCCAUCUCUGAUACACACAACAACUGCUGAGUCAUCUGAGUAUUUCUGUAGACGACAGGACUCAGACAUGUGCUGGAAGUCUGAAGUGUACAGAGUGAAAAAUAUGGCCAACAGGCUGCAGAGUGGAGUAGUUGGUAGCACUGGUGCCUUGCACCGAAAAGUCCUGGGUUCAAAUCCCAGCCUGGUGUCUUUUUGCACAAUCUGCCUGUUCAUUCGUAGGUUCUCUCCGGCUUCCUCCCACUCUGCAAAAACAUGACUGUUGGGUUAUUUGGUCUCUAUAUAUUGUCCKURKGUGUGWGUGUGUGUGUGUGUGUGUGUGUGUGUGUGUGUGUGUGUGUGUGUGUGKRUGGUYGUUUGUCUUAUGUGUUUCUGUGUUUUCCUGCGAUGGACAGGUGACUUGUUCAGGGUGGACUCGCCUAUCGCUAAGCAAGCCUCCAAAAAUAAGUGGUAUAGACAAUGAAUGGAUGGAUGGAAUAUGGUCAACAUCAACCUGACAUUGUUUAAAAAUGUUUGCAAAUGUAACAUUAGAUAUUACAUUUACAGAGUAUAAUGGAGUAUGUGACCCUUAAGCAUAAAGGUUGAAGCUGUUUUUAAAAUAGACUAAUAAAAAAAGAAAGCCAACCCCAUUAGGCACUGCUGAGAUACUGUAUUUUGUGACGGAACAAGCUAGACCUGCAGUUACUGAUCUUUGAUGCUGAAGUGAAGAAGUGAAAUACUGGUUUUAAUAGUGCCUUAUGCUGUCAGUAUUGUGGACAAUUGGCAUUGUGCAUGUGAGUUUGAGUUUUGCAAAAUGUGACUAGUGCAAAAAUCUUUUUUUAUUAUUUUUAUUUUUUACAUAUUUCAGUAUCAAUGACUGGUCAUUGGCAAUGGAAACACCAAAGGUACCUUGUUAAGUUUUACAGUUUUCUGAAUAAAGAUGAAUAUAAAGUCA